CGUUGGAAUAUUAUCUCUCUUCUCCCUCUGACUCUUGAUUUCUUGGCUCUAUAAAUACCACUUCAGCCACCCAUAAGUUUCACUGAAUUGCAGCCCGAAAAAGAAGCAGAGAAAAAUGAAGGCGGCGGAGGAGAGCGGGAGGAGAUGGGAGGGGUACGUGGACUGGCGGAAGAGGGUGGCGGUGAGGGGGCGGCACGGGGGGAUGGCGGCGGCGGGGUUCGUGCUGGGGGUGGAGAUACUGGAGAACUUGGCGUUUCUGGCAAAUGCAAGCAACUUGGUGAUGUACUUGAGGAAGUACAUGGGGUUUUCGCCGGAGAAAUCGGCAAACCAUGUCACGACUUUCAUGGCCACAGCCUUCCUUCUCGCCCUUCUUGGUGGCUUCUUAUCGGAUGCCUUUUUCACCACUUAUCACGUCUUCCUUUUCUCCUCCCUCAUUGAGUUUCUGGGGUUGGUGAUCUUGACAGUACAAGCGAAGGUCCCAUCUCUAAAACCGGUGCCGUGCAAGGCGACGAAUGGGAGCUCAUGUAGGGAGGUGGGUGGGGGAGAGGCAGCGAUGCUGUUCGUGGGGCUAUACCUGGUGGCAUUGGGGGUGGGCGGGAUAAAGGGAUCAUUGCCGGCGCACGGGGCGGAGCAGUUCGACGAAGGCACGCCUCAAGGGCGUAGGAGGAGAUCCACUUUCUUCAACUACUUCGUCUUCUGUCUCUCUUGUGGGGCUCUUGUGGCCGUCACUCUUGUGGUUUGGAUCGAAGACAACUUGGGAUGGGAGUGGGGCUUUGGAAUCUCAACCAUCACCAUAUUUCUCUCUAUUCCUUUAUUCCUUUCUGGAUCCACCUUCUACCGAAACAAGAUACCAACUGGAAGCCCCCUUACUACAAUUCUAAAGGUUUUGGUGGCUGCAACUUUGAACCGUUGCUGCAGCAACAAAUCAUCGACCAACGCAGUGGCGAGCAUGAGCACAAGCCCUUCCGUAACAACAACCCUCGAGUUGGAGGAAGGCCAAUCCAAUAAUAAUAACCCUGCCGAAACAAUGAGUACAGCUCUAACUCCAACAAAAAGCCUAAAAUUUCUCAACACAGCAGUAGAAAAACAGCCAUUCCACCCAUCCCUAAACUGCACAAACCAACAACUAGAAGAAGUGAAAACGGUUCUCAAAGUGCUCCCAAUCUUUGCUUGCACCGUCAUGCUCAACUGCUGCCUCGCCCAACUCUCGACCUUCUCCGUCCAACAAGCCUCCACAAUGGACACCCGAAUCGGCUCCCUCAAGCUCCCCCCAGCCUCACUCCCCGUCUUUCCCGUCCUCUUCAUCAUUGUCCUCGUCCCACUCUACGACCAUGUCCUCGCCCCCUUCGCCCGCAACCUCACCAACUCUGAGUCUGGUAUCUCCCACCUCCAACGCAUAGGUGUUGGCCUCCUCCUCUCCGUCCUCGCCAUGGCCGUUGCAGCCCUUGUCGAGACCAAGCGUAAGGACCUCGCUCAAAACAGCACCGCUGAACCACUCCCCCUCACCUUCCUCUGGCUUGCAUUCCAGUACCUUUUUCUGGGGUCGGCGGAUUUGUUCACCUUGGCUGGCUUGUUGGAGUUUUUCUUCACGGAGGCGCCUACUGGGAUGAGAUCCUUGGCCACGUCACUAUCUUGGGCUUCUUUGGCCGUCGGGUAUUACCUGAGUUCGGUUAUUGUGACGGUGGUGAACGGUGUGACCGCUAGAUCCGGCCACACCCCAUGGCUCUCCGGUGACAAUAUUAAUCACUACCAUCUUGACAGAUUCUACUGGCUCAUGUGCACGCUCACUGGAUUGAACUUUUUGCACUACCUUUUCUGGGCUGUCAAGUACAAAUAUCGAUCCCCCGCUGGAAACAAGUAAUGCAAAUUUUAAUGCCUACAACAUAGUUAUAUCAUAUAUACUUUAACUUCAAUGUAGUUUUAGCUUUUCAACUUA